AUGCUCUCCCAAUUGAGAUUGGGAACUUUGUCGAGUUGGCGACGGUUUACCCUACUUUGGAGACUUCUGCGACGUACAAGGGCUUCAGGAAACGAAGUGGACAGACUGCCUGGUUCGGGGAGUUUAAAUGGCGAUUCCAAUGUGUUGUCCUCCAAUAAUACCGGUUGGCGAAGGGGUGCUAUGGGCCUUCCGCCUUUCACUAAUGAACUCGCUCCCAAUGUCCCUAAUUUCAACAGGUAUUUUCUACGCAUUUCCACCCUUUAA